AAAUAAUAGCCCUUAGGUGUUAAAUCGACGCAGAAAAGAGCACAGAUUAAAAUGAAGGUGUUUGUAACUUUAUUGCUGGUCUCGUCGGCUGCAAUUCUGAUAAAUGCCGAUAAAUACACGACUAAAUACGACAACGUCGACGUCGAUACGAUUAUCAAAAGUGACCGAUUGCUGCUGAAUUACGUCAAAUGUCUGCUAAACACGGGAAAAUGCACCACCGAUGCAGCUGAAUUGAAAAGAGUGCUUCCGGACGCCCUGCAAACCGAUUGCUCCAAAUGCAGCGAAGUUCAGAAGAAAGGAAGUAAGAAAAUCAUCAGGCAUCUCAUUGAUAACAAAUCGGAAUGGUACAGUGACUUAGAAGCCAUUUAUGAUAAGGAUGGAACCUACAAGGCGAAAUACGAAAAGGAAAUAAAGGACUCGAAGAAUUGAGUAUCUACUUAAAAUUAAAGAAAAAAUAUAGAUAGAUGCCUAAUGGAACUAUUUAAUCAUUGAGAGAUGCUUUUUUCCCCUUUGUGAUAGAAAAGUUAUUAUUUUAAUUAGAUGUUUGUAAUUGUUGAAAAGUAUAUAAAGUUAUUAUAUU